GACUUCAAACUUACAAAAUCCGUACCACGGAUAAACAAAUUCAUACAACAGUUCUAUGAGUCAAGCUGAGCAUACCAGAUGCCCUAGAUCUUCACAUCCUUUGGAGUCUUAGCCCCCCAAGUCAGUGUCUGAUGGCUGAACACUCUCAAAAACUCCAAUGACUAAAAAUAAAUUAAAAUUUUAAGAUUUUAAGAUCGUUCCCCAUGAUUAAUACUUCCACUUCUCUCAUUGUCCUUUCUCUAGGACGCAACAAUUUGACUGCUUCCGCAUUUCAAUGGUUGUUCAAUUUCAGCAACAGCCUUGUUAGUCUCAACUUGAAUGACAAUCAGUUUCAAGUUUUGUUUCCAGAAACUUUCAGCCACAUGACUUAUCUAGAAGUGCUAGACCUCUCAAGUAAUCAAUUUGAAGGGGAGAUUCUAAAAUCCUUUUGGAGUCGUAACUGCUCGUCAUGGCGACGCUUGAGACUUGCAAACAAUAAAUUAAGUGGCACUAUACCCAAAAGCAUCGGACUCUUGUCAAAUCUUGAGUACUUAGAUAUUUCUUUCAAUUCUUUUGAAGGGGUGAUCACUGAAGCACACUUCUCAACACUAUCUAAGCUAUGGUAUUUGGGUAUGUCUUCUAAUCAUCUUAGCCUCAACUUUAGCCAAGACUGGAUUCCUCCAUUCCAGUUGGUAUUCAUGCAGCAUGGUUCUUGCAAGUUGGGCCUUGAUUUUCCAAACUGGUUACAGACCCAAAGUAACUAUUGGUUUCUUAAUAUUUCUUCAAAUGAAAUCUCAGAUAGCAUCCCCAUUUGGUUCUCAAACACAUCUUCUGUGGCACAAGUUAUAGAUCUUUCUUCCAACCAAAUCAAAGGAAUUUUGCCAGAUUUUUCAAGAGACUUUUCAUCUGAUCCUUUUGCCCUUGGGAUAGAUUUGAGUGCAAAUAAUUUGGAGGGUCCUUUGUCAUCAUUUCCAGCUAAUACAACACACCUUAACCUCUCAAGAAAUAGGUUUAAUGGGUCAAUUUCUUCUCUCUGUGCCAUGACUGGUACUCUUGAGUUCCUUGAUCUUUCCCACAACCAACUAUCUGGAGAACUUCCUAAUUGUAUGAUGCAUUGGUCAAAUCUUAAGAUUCUGAAUUUGGCUGACAAUCAUUUAUAUGGAAAGAUUCCAAGCUCUGUUGGAUCUUUUUCUUGGAUUGAAACUUUUGAUUUGCAAAACAACAAUUUCUCUGGGGAAAUUCCUUACUUUUUAAGGAACUGCAAUAAAUUGCAAUUUCUGGGUUUGAGUAAUAAUAAAUUAUCUGGAGUAAUACCUGAUUGGAUUGGAGAAAGGUUAAGUUCCCUAAAUUUCCUCCUCCUAAAAUCCAAUCAUUUUGUUGGAGAAAUCCCAUUGGAGAUUUGCCAGUUAACAAAUAUUCUGUUGUUGGAUCUUUCUAAUAACAAUCUCUCUGGACAAAUACCAUCCGGCAUUGAUAAUCUAACUGCUCUAGCUGGAAAAGACAUCACAGCCAAAGAUCAUUUUUAUAACUCUUCACUGUUUAAUUCUCUUGUGAAUGGAUAUUAUGAUUAUGGUGGAAGUUAUGCUGACAAAGCAUAUAUCGUAUGGAAAGGAAUAGGGUAUAAUUAUGAAAAUCUUACACUUCAGAGGACUAUUGAUCUUUCAUGCAACAAAUUAAUUGGAGAAAUUCCAAUCCAAAUUUCGAGUCUUUCUGAACUGCAUCAAUUGAACUUAUCAAGAAACCAUUUGACUGGAAAAAUUCCACCACACAGUGGGCAGAUGAGACAGUUGGAAUCGUUUGAUCUUUCACACAACAGGCUUUCAGGCAGGCUUCCUCAAAGCAUGUCCCAGUUAAAUUAUCUCAGUACCUUAAACAUAUCAUACAACAACUUUUCAGGGAGAAUUCCAUCUAGCACCCAAAUGGACACCAUUAACGCUUCUGCAUUUGUUGGUAAUCCUGCACUAUGUGGACUUCCUUUAUCACAAACAUGCCCCAGUGAUGAAGAACCUACAGAUGGUGGUGUUAGAUAUAACCAACAAGAUGAUGAUGAAUUCUGGAAAGGGUUUAAACCCAGUAUAGAACUCGGAAUGGUUUUUCGCUUUUCGGAAGUUCUGGCUUUAAACACUUUGUUUGGUGAUAACAGCGAAUGCUGCCAAAUUGCUAAGAAGGUUAAAGUUUUAGGAGCAAUCCCUCUUUCCAUCGCAGCAUGGAGAGGAAGGUAUGUCUUAGGUUCAAGAUGCUUCUUCAGAGACUUCAAGAACUUGACUUCUCUGGUGAAACUGAAUUUCCAGGCUUUCUUUUCACCUACCACUCUCUUGAGGACAACCUUUUUCAUUCCCACUUUGGUGCAAUAAAUUAUGGUUUGUUUGUGUGUUUUAUGGUUUCAUCUGUGUUAAUGUAAAUGUUUAAUUACACCAUCUAGCUUAUAAGGAAUUAAGAACAAGCUGCAUGCUCUUAAAAUAAGAUGAAAACCUGAAUUCUUCAGGCUUUUUAUUUCAGCAACUCUGAUGCUGGUAAAGAAGAAACUACACACUACUGGCGUACAAAGGUCAGGCCAUAACUGCCCUGAUCAGAGUUUCUAUCACUUAGUUUUGGAGACCCAGCUAAUACAAUAUAAGAUAACCC